UCCGUGCAGUCGUGUUGGCCGGAGUGAAAAUUCGCCAGGAAAAUUUGCAGAAGUAGAGAAAGUAGAAAAUAGAAAUAGAGAAAAGUAAAUAAGCAAACAAGUGCAGUCAUUUUUCGGGAGAGGGAGAUUAAUCCCCCAGACCUAGCAUAGAUACCUACAUUUUUUGGUGGACAAAACAAACACACAACUAGCGGAGAGUGCUGCUGGUGCUGGAGAACUAAGGCACAGCGACUUGACAACCAACAACCAAGCAACCAUGUCGACGCUACCCUUCCUCCUGAGCGUCGCCGACGAGCUGGACAACAUCCAUUCGCAGUCCUACAUGGACGACUUUGGACUGGGCUUCCAUCCGCACCGCCAGUACUAUCGCACCCCGACCAUCCAGCUGUCCCUGCCGGCCAGCACGGACUGGACGGGUCGGGACUGGUCCCAGGCAACAGGCAGGCACACUCGCUACCGUAGCUACAAGUUUUACGAUGACUCCCAGAACAAUCUGGAGGAGGAGGAGCAGGCGGAAGAGCAGCAGCAGCAGCAGCCUUUGCCCGAGGAGCAGGUGGUGCUACCGCAGGAGCUGCGUCAGCACCAACAGGACAACCAACAGAUGCAAAUUUCCGAGGUCCAAUCCUCGAAUGCCACCACUGCCACCACUCGCAAGGGCCUGGGCAUGGUCAACUCCCACUCGCACGAUGUGGGCGUGGGCGGCUUGGGCCUGAAUCUCAAGUCCGGCGAGGAGGAGGAUGACGAGAACAUUGAUCGCACCGUUCGCAUGUACAAUCUGUCCAAGAAGUGCUGCAAGAACUACUAUCGUCAUGCUUUGGAGACCGGACCGGGGGCCAGUGGCCGGGUCAAGUGCAGCAAUCUGCGCUCCGAGAGCCACAAAUCCAGCUCCAGCUCCGAGGAGAGCCUGCAGAAGAUACCCUCGCCGAUAGAGUUCCUCACCUGUUUCCUGGUGAAGAAGUCGCGCACCCCGAAGAGCUCCUCCGGAGCGGGCCAGCAGCUGAAGAAGACAUAGAACACGGCCCGGCUGCUGCCGGCAGCAGCGAUGUCCGCCAGGACCUCCACGCUUAGCUCCACGGCCACCAGCGGUGCCGUGACGAG